GUGUGAUUUUUUCGUGAGAAAGUCAAUUUUUAAUACACCUAUUUGAUUCUUGACACUCCGUUUUUUUUAUAACUUCGAAAUUUAAAAAGUGAAAACCGAUUUUUACGCAGUAAAAUGCAGGAGAGACGGUACAUCUUUAUUGUACGAUUUUCUCAUUUUAAUUCCAAAUAUAAAAAAAUGAAAUCAAUGAAAGCAAAGGCAAAGACUAAAAAGCCAAAUGGUAAAUUUGGAAAAGUCAAAUUUCCUUCCAAAGAAGUUACUUCUAUUAAUCCAGAUUUGUCACAAUUACACCAACCAAUAGACACAAGUGUGUCGUCUCUUUAUUGUGUGAGCAAGGUUCUAGAAAAUGGUAGCGAUGAAGUUAAAUCUAUUUUGGCAUAUGAAUGUGAUUUGGUAUUCGAAUGUCGUAUAUGUAGAAGCCUCUUCAGAAGCCUGGUCAAUCUAAUCUCUCACAAACGAACUUAUUGUAAAGAAAAAUUUGAUGUCACAUUUGGUAGAAACUCUUUUAGCAAUCAUGACACGAUUUUCAAAAAUAAAUCUAGCAUACAAAAGCCAGAGGCUUUGCUUCAGGAGGCUUGUGGUAAUGAUAGAAUCUUGAGAAGUCAAGUUUGUAAAGAAGAACAAAAGAAAGAUCUUACCACUGUUGUAAAUAUGUUACAAAAAAAGCAAACAGAAAAUUUACACACCGACAUUGAACAUAUAUGUUUGGAAACUGUGCAGUCAAAUUCAUCUGCAGUUUAUCAGACUGUUGAAUCAGCGGUUCCAGCACAAAAUCAUGUAGAUCUAAUGAAGACACAGGUAACAGAGUUAAAAGACAUGAUUAAUGAUCGAACUGCAGUGUUAGGUCCAGAUGGACAAGUUUUACAAUCUAAACAAGAUUUGCAUGGUAGUAAUUGUAAUACUGAAGAAAUCAGUGACAAUUCUGAAAUUGAGCUCACCUGUUCUAUAUGUAAUGCAAAAUUUGCAACAAAAAAAACAUUAGCAGUUCAUACAAGGACGCUGCACACAUCUCAUAGAUUAUGCUAUCCCUGCCCAUGUUGCUCUAGUACAUUUGCAAAUACAUGGAGUGUUUAUCGACAUCUUUUCAAAGUUCAUAGAAAAACCAAUGAACAAGUGAGGAAGCUCAGAUCUCAAAUUCAAGAGAAAGCAUUCAUUAAGGAUACAACUGGUGCAGAGGAUUUACAGAAAGAACAUGCCAAUAAAUCUUUAACAAGUAGUGUACUACGAGUUAAUGAAACUCAGGAAUGGAUAGAUCAUCUAGAAUCCGAUACAGAAUUGCAAAGAUGUGGAGGUUGUGGAAAACGUUUUGAUAGGAAAGCAGCUUUAUCGGCACAUUCACAGUACUGCCAUAGGCGUGUUGCAGCCUGUGAAAAUACAAAUAAAAUUAAGAAGACAAACAAAGUCUCACCAGAUCGUAGUUCAACUGAUAGUGUGGUCACUUCUACUUCUUUAGAAGUCAACAGUUGUAAUGAAACAUCUAUUCGUGUGGAAGCUGUUGCUACUUUAAGUAAAGCGGAUUGGGAUAUGCUAGGAAAUGAAGAAUCAAUUUCACAAGGUGAGCUCAAUGGAAAUCUAAGAGCACUAGCAAACACGGCACAGGAAGAUACAGUGAAACACAAUCUUCUUCCUGCAAAUACUGCUUCUGAUUCGUUAGAAAUUGUUUACUCUAGUAUAAACAAGCAUAAAAAUAAUAUUGGAAGUAAAAAACGAAAAAACAAGGACAGCGCAAGAAGAAUAAAUAUCAAUGCAGAAGCUAAUAUGAUUUAAGGACAUAACAAUGUUGAGAAACUAGAUCGUGCAUUGUUAAUGGAAAAGAAGACAGCAUUAAUAGUGAAUAUUCAAAAACUUCAGUGCCUUCCGUGUAAACGAAAAUUUACUUCAGUUACUAAUCUAAGGAAACACGCUGCCAUUCAUGUAGGUUGGAAUCGUUAUCAGUGUAAACUUUGUGACUUUAAAUGUUUCGUUAAGUGUGAUUGUGUGGCACACUGUAAUAAAAUGCACAGUGCUCAGAACAACCGUGCUAUUAUAGAAGAUAUGAUAUCACAGAUUUCAGAUGAUCAAUAUACAUCUGAACAAGAUGUUAUGUUGGGUUUAACUAACACAGAAAAAGAGUUUAACAGCCCAGAAGUUGUGGAACUAAGUAUUUCUCCAGAGUGCAUAGAACCAGAAGUCCAAUUGGAAGAACCAGAAAUUUAAAUAAGAACAGAAAUAGAAACAGAACCAGAAAUAGUAGAAACAAAUUCUACUAUGUUUUCAGAAACAAUUCAUGUCGAUGAGGACGUUCAAGAAAUUUCCACUAAUGGUGUCAAAGGUCCAAAUACUCUUGAGUUGGAUCCUGAACUGAAGAGAAUGGUAAUGGAAGUUAUCUUUGGAUCUUCUGAAGUAAAUUCUGCAAAAGAAGUGGAGGCAGAGGAAACAAAAUUAGAGAACAAAGAAGAUACUGAAACAUCAUCCGGAGGUUCUGAUUUAAAAGAGAGUAACAUUCUGUCUUUGCAAGAUAACGUAAAACCGCAGCGACCGAUUCGAAAUAAAAUAAAACCAUUGAACAAGGACUUCAUUUAUGAUUUAAAGGAUGUGGCAUUUCGAAAGGAUUCCGUAAUUAUGAAAUCAUUUAAUAAAACACUUGCCAAGAAGGCACUGAUUCAGGAAGAAGAUAAUGCAGAGAAGGACGUUCAACAACCGCCUAAACGUUUUAAAACUUUACAGGAUAAUGGAAUGUCAAUUCACUGCGAGAACAGUGUUAUGGAUCAAUGUGACAUUAAAUUCGAUACAGAAACUUUAAAGGGGAAUAUCUCCUUCUCUCAGUGUCACAGUUAA